AUGCCAAUCUUGUCGUCAGUAGCACAAAAAGGCACAAAAUUGUGGAAAGGCGAGGAAUUGGAGAAGAGGAGAGUGCUCUCCCAACAGAUUUCUCCAGAUGAAAAAACAGAGGUUAGCAACCGAUCCGGCCUGGUAACUGCUACAUCUCAGCCCUCCGUGUACCUCUCAGCCCACGCGGUCAAAGGAACGUGGCCCACCGUCGAAAAUAUAAUCCGUGCUCAGUCAAUCACUCAUGCCACUGAGGAGACGAUCACCCGAGAUCCCGAAUUCGUGAAGCGUCGCGCUACCACCCUUGAUAUUGACAUGUCAACUCCCCAACGCCAGGGCAAGACUGGUAGUCGGGGGCGUCUAUUUAGCCUGUUUUCAAAACAAGGCAACGGGAUACGCGAUAAAGCUACUCUCAGGGUUAAACGGGACUGCCCACCUACUGCCAAUCUCUCCAACGAUACAGCUGCUAUCAAUGUGGUUCAAAGCCUUGUGGAUUCUCUGGGGCGGCAAAAGUCGGAGCUGAAAUUCUCUGUCACCUCGCUCCAUGAUAGCAUUGUUCAACAGAACGAGAAGAAUUGUUUUGAGGUUUCAACCUUCUUCCCUCCGGUGAAAUCAUCUACACGGUCUAUCAAUGGCCUCGAAGAUCACAGACAGGAGCGAGUGACCUCGCUGACUCGUCGGUGGGCUCAGGAGCGCUACCGAUCCAUCAACUCCAUGGACGAUGACGACGACGACGAUGAUGAUGCCUCGGCGGUAUGUCUUCGACGCCCGGCGCCCGAGAGAAGGCGGUUGAGCAAGCAGGCAAGUGAGGACAGUCAGGCGCCUCACUCUGUACAUCGCAUCUAUACUUGUCGUUCAGUUGAGGAGAAAAAUUACUGGUUGAAUAAGUUUCAGUGUGUCGCAAAUCCCAAUCUGUGCUUUGAAAAGCGAAUGGAAAGUAAUCUCCACCUCUGUCUCCAAGAGAUCAAAGGUGUCCCAGCUGGAAAUGAGUACUUCUGUGAGAUUUAUCUAGACGGUGCGCUCUAUGCGCAGACCCCCACCAAAACAAUGGUAGAUUCACUGACGUGGUCGGAGGACUUUGAAUUCAGUCACCUACCUCCCUUCUCUGAUAUUCGCGUUCUCCUUUGGAUGUUUAUGCCAUGCCUUGCCGUGGAGAAGAUGAAGAAUCGAAGAGUCUCACUUCCCCGUACCGGUGUUGUAAAUGAUGCGGAGCGGUCGUCGACCUACCGAAUAUCGAUACCCAAUCAUUCUUAUUCCCUCGCCUCUAUGGAAAGUGAGGUCUCCUUGUCUGCAGAAACCUCUGGAGGAGUAGAUGAUUUACGCAGUAGAAAGAGGAGACGUUCCAUAGGUUCAUCGAACAAGAAGAUUCCAGCGGAUCUCUUACUAAUUGCCAAAUUCAUCAUUCCCUCAACCGACAUAACUGGCUUGGUGGACUCAGAAGCCUGGUACACCAGUUCCCUCGAUGCCUCACUCAAGCGUUGCUCCUACGCCGAAUCCACCCUCCAUGCAGUUUCUAUGGCUGCUACUACUACCCCCUCCUCCACUUCCUUCAACGGCGCCUCCCAUCGCCCCGCCAACAUCAAACGAAAUAGCCAGUCGGGUCUUCGACUGUCGCGCAAGGCUCUUGCCCAAGUCACUCGCAUUCCACCGCGCCUGCGUCUCACCGCACGGUUGGAAAAACUUACAGUGCUACCGGUGUGUGGGUAUAGUAGUCUGUUACGAGCACUGUCUAGUCCCACAGCUUGCACAUUACUUCUGAGGCGACUGGAGCCUUGGUUAUCGGUGAAGUCGAAGGCGGCAUUGGCGAAGUCGCUGCUGGCGAUGCUGCAGUUGAGGAGCGAGGUGCCCGCCUUUUUGGCUGCUUUGGUGCUCUCAGAAGUGCAAGAACAAGACAAUCCAAACAUGGUUCUCCGAAGCAACAGCCUCGCAACCAAAGCCAUCGAGCUCUACCUCAAACAGGUGGGCGGCGCCUACCUGAAAGCUACGCUGAGCGAAUUUGUGACCUCCGUCCUCCUCCAAACCUCAGUUGAGAUGCCCGUCAGUGCGAAGGAGAAGCGCAACUCCCUCAGUCGACUGCAGACAUCCACACGGCGACCUUCCCCAGAUGACAUGUCCGCCGCAAACUACCGAACGGGCGUAGAUUUUGAGGUGGAUCCGGACAAAGUCACUAAUUCGCGUCAGCUACUUCGCAAUCAGGCAAAUCUGCUGCGGCUUGUCAGGGAUGUCUGGGGACGAAUUCAGGCCACCAUCUCCGCGUUUCCCAACGAACUACGAAUUACAUUCUCGGCCAUACGAGAGGCGAUGAUGCCGACUAGUGGUAGCUGUGGUGGAUUAAAAUCUUCACAGACUGAAAAUGGAGUGCUGUUUGAGCACGUCAUCUCGGCAUGUGUCUUUCUGCGGUUCGUCUGCCCGGCAAUUUUAUCGCCGUCACUUUUUGGAUUGGCUGAGAGUUUUACAGAAGAUACGCGAGCGGUUAGGGCUUUCACCCUGGUGGCUAAGACAAUCCUAAACUUGGCAAACUUUACCCUCUUCGGUGACGUGAAAGAGUUACACAUGGACUUUCUCAAUCGCUUUGUCGCGGAGGAGAUGCCAACGAUGCGAACAUUGUUGUGGCGUUUGUCGGAGCCCAGUUUGCAACACAACGACAGCGUCGAGAGCACCAGUAUCGUCUCCGCACUCCAUGUUGCCCAACUGGUCGAUGUGCUCACGGUGCUGAAACAUCCCGCAGCUGAGGUGGUCAGCGGCGCGGCUAGUGUUAGUCUGGGUCCUACGUCCGCGUCUACCUUUUGCAGCCAAUGUUCCUCCAUAAUGCUGGAAAGCAAUUGUCAUCGUCCAAUUUCACGCACCGAUUUCACAAAGGCAUCUGCUGCUGUUUCUGCCGCCCAUAUGACAUCUGCUGCUCCCAGCGAUUCGCACGAUGAACUCCUGCGUCGUCAGUGGCUGACGGAAUUGCAAGACAUCCAAUCCGAUGUCUAUGUUUGCCAUCAGGCAAUUUUUGGCAUUCCAAGACAGCUUACGUCCACGGGACAUUCUCUGGAGUUGGAGCAGCUCAAUUUGGCCUCCUCUUUGGCCCACUGUCAUGCUCAGCUACAGGCGGCUUUUGGGAUAAUUCCUCUUGAUAAGUUGGACCAACCGCUCAAAGGCCUUCGUGCAAUCCUGGCUUCGGUGACCCAUUUAACUAUCAUUGAUACAAAAGAAUGGCACGCCAGAGACGCCGAACGACCAAGUAGUCAACAGAGCAUCGGCCUGGAGCUGGCUUCCAGUGUCUCAGCCCUUUCCCUGGCCAAAUCUACCCCACCGGACGAUGAGCAAUCCACCAGUAAUCGGUGUGAGAAAGCAGAGGAAAACGGAGUAGGUGCUCUGAAGCCGGAGACUCCAGUAUUCACGGCUAAAGCAAAAUCAGCUCAGUUGGUGGAACAGAAAACGGCCCUUCAUCGACAUCAUCGACCCGGUCAUUUUCACAUCAAGCAGCACGAAGAUUCAAGCCAGACUCUAUCGAGCACUUUAAAUACUUCCAGCGAGCCAGGUCCUCUGUACACCAGUGAGACAGUAGUGCAGCCGCCGAACAAAUGCAUUGUUCAGACGACCACGAAUUCUCGUCUAACUGCGACCACCAAUGAGUCUUCGUGGAGCCUUCUCCAUGCCGCCAUGCCGAUACCCUCUCCCUCUGCCCAUCCCAGCACCACCUCCACCUUCUACUUUGAUAACUCUUGUACGUCUAUGACUUCCCCCUCGCCACCAAGCAGCAGUGGUAGUGGUGGUAAUGGACGACCUUCAAACCAUCCAAUCAUGGGUACGAGUCUUUACUCAGCCGGGAGCAGUGGGGCCAUACAGCGCUCUUGCACUUUUCCCAACAGCCCACAGGAGGCAUGUACUGGUACCCCCCGACCUCUACAACCCUCGUACAACCCAAGCUACACCUCGGGACGCACUCUGGUUUCUGUAGAGACGCAGACUUCACGAGAACAGGUGACAGAGUUGGAUGAAGCUGUGGGCGAGGUGGUGGACGUCGUGAAACGAAAUCAAAGGCCGGUGGCGCGGCGUCACUUGUACAUCAACAUAUUGGACGAGUUUGAGGGAGGGAACAUAAAGUUGUCCAGCUGA